CGCCCCUCCAUUCGCCUCUCCUUCCCUCCCUCUUAAUCUGUGCCAAGGCUUGGAGGGACAGGAGGGGGAAAGAGAUCAUAAACAAGGGCGGGCGGAGGAGGAAGAGGAGAGCGAGCAACCAACCAGCAGCGCGCUCCCCUCCAGCCCCUUCUGGAAAGGCGCGCGGGUGGGGGGUUCUGUCGUCGGUAGGAAAGCUUGGCCAAAAAGCGGCCUGCGCCGCUGGUCCGCCGUAGAAGCCUCCUAUUGGCUGUGCGCGCUGCCGCCGCCGCCAUGACAAGUCCGGCCUGAACCGCCGCGCCGCCUGCUGUUCUCUUCACAAGCCGCAGCGGGGGGCGGGGGUGCCUUGUCCACUAGCUUCCGGGAUCGUCGCACAAAAAAAAAAAAAAAAAGGUGUUCGGAAACAGUCUUUUGCUACGGAGAUGCCCAAGACGCCUUGGCCUGGGCUGGCAGGUGUUCAGCAAGGCAGAGCCUUUCUUUCGCAGUAGAUGAUCAGUUCAGCUGCAUUUUUCCAUCGUGGCCUGCUGACCGGUCUUCUCCCUUCUUUGAGAUUAGGGAGCAUUGCCAGAGCUUCGACUCCUGUUUUCUGGACCUGCAGUCACUCUAAAGCACUGGGAGGAGGUGCAGCGCUUCCUACCCAAAGGUUGAAAGGUAACCUGGCAACACCCGAAGAUGUCACUUCACAGCACCAGAGCUUCUGUUCUCCUUUCCUGGGUGAACAGUCUGAAGCUGGACGACACCCUGAAUUCAUUGUCUCAGCUCCAAGACUGCAGCAUCUUCAUCAAGAUAAUCAACAAAAUUCAUGGCACUGAAGAGGGACGGGACCCUCUGCAGCAGAGUUUGCCGGACCGGGUUGCCUAUGUCGUCUCCUUCCUCAAGAAACUUGGUAAGCACAAAUCUACUGCACAGAACGUGGUAUCUGAGCAGAAGCUUUUAGCAGCUGAGGAGUUGGAACUAGCCAAGGUGGCCAUGUUGCUGUUUUACUAUGCUUCCAUGAGUGAUAAGCUUCCUAGGGAAUGGACCACAGUUGAUUAUGACCUCCAGGCGGAGAUGGCCAAGUUCCUGAACUUUAUGUUGUACAACGAAGAUUGCCUUGGUGAGAAUCUGGAGGCCUUUCUUCAAAAGAAAAUGCAACAGUCAUCCAGUAUCUCCAGCACCAGCUCGGAGGAGAACACCCCACCAAGGCGAGAGGUACACUUCUUGAAGCUGCAGAAGGUUGCGUCUUCAUCCAGUAUAAAUAAAUUGCUCCCUGGCUCAUCUACCUCUCCCAUGGGUGACAUCAUGCAGACACCCCAGUUUCAGAUGAGGAAGUUGAAGAAGCUGCUGGAAGCUGAGAGAGAAAACCGAGACGAACUAGAGCACGAGUUGGCUGAGAAUCGAAAGCUCAUUGAUGAGAAAGAAACACGAAUCCUGAUGAUGAAACAACGGAUCGACCGUCUGACUCUCCUCCAUGAGAGACAAGCAGCUGAUCAGCUGGAACCCAAGGAAAUGGAGGAGCUCAGAGAAAAGAAUGAGAGCUUCCUCAUGCGCCUGCAUGAGACACUGAAGCAGUGCCAAGACCUGAAGACUGAAAAAGGCCAGAUGGACCGGAAAAUCAACCAGCUCUCAGUAGAGAAUGGAGAUCUCACUUUCAGGCUGCGAGAAUUUGCUCGCAACCUCACGGAAAUGCAGGAAGCCAUGAGCGAGCUCUCUGAAGAACACAACGCGGCUCUGAGGGACUGGGAGGAGAGGAGAAGCCGCCUGGAGACUGAACUCCACAGUGCCCUCAGCGAGAAGAGAUGCUUGGAAGAGAAGCUGGAGAUUCUGCAGGGGAAGAACUCGGUGCUAGAAGACCAACUGGCAAAGCUGAAGGACAACAGUUCUCUUCCAGAGAAAGGAGAGGUCAUGGGUGAUAUCUUGAAGCUUGAAGAACUGAAUCAGCAAGUGGCCUACCUCAGUGGCAAGCAGGCUGAGCUCCAGGCAACUGUUCGUCACCUCGAAGAGGAAAAGCACCUGCUUGAGUCCACCCUCCACUCUGAACGGAGCAGCUUUGAAGCAGAGAAGCUCCAACUCACAGGUCUUCUCACUGAGCUGCAGAAUUCUGUCUCUGAGAUCUCUCGAGCCAAGGAGAAGCUGGAACAGGACUCCCGUGCGCAGGAAGAGAGCUUGAUUGCUCAGGUCAACACCCUGACAGCAGAGAUAGCCAAGCUGACAGGCUUCCUCCACCAGAAGGACCAGGAGCUGCUAGUUUUGCACCAGCAGAAGGGCCAGCUAGCAGAGGACUUGCAGAAAAAGGAGCACAUGUCUAAGGCAGCCCUUCAGGAACGGAGUCUUCAGGUGGAUCAGCUGAGCAGCGCGCUGAAGCAGAGCAACGAGAAGCUGGCACAGGUGGAAUCGGCAAGUCAGGAAGAAUACAACAAGGCUGCCCAGGAGAAAGAGCUGGCGCUCAGGCAGCUCCAAGAGAAGGAGGCACAGCUCUCUGCCCUGACGGAACGGCUGCGGUCUCUGGAGCGAUCUCAGAGUACCUCAGCGGCAGAAGCCCAGAGAGAGAAGGCUGAGCUGAGCCAGGAGGUCCAGGAGUUGAAUGCCAGGGUCUUGGCCCUCGCUGCCCAGUGCCAGCAGAGCGAGGCCCAAGCAGGAGCCAUGUCGGCGCUGAAAGGGCAGCUGCGCGAGGCCCAGCAGAAACUGUCUGACAAGGAGAAGCUGGCCAAGGAGAACACCCGUCUCCAGGAGCGGCUCCUGGUCUUGGAGGAGUCUGUCUGCAACACCGAAGGCAUCCUAGAGGAUGAGAAGAGGCGGGCUGCAGAGUCCCUGGAGAGCAAUCUCCGGCGGAUCACAGAGCUGGAGGAGCAGACCCAGGAGCUGACCAAGCACCGGGAACAAGCGGUGCAGGAGAUGGGCAAGGAAAAGGCAAAGAGGAAAACCCUGGAGGAGCAAGUGCGGCGCCAGGGGGAAGAAUCCAAGGCCAAGGUGGAGCAGCUUCAGCACCAGCUGACGGAACUGACCUCUGCCGCCGCCACUGCCGCCACCGCCAAAGGAGAGACCGGGGAGGGCGGGAGGCUGGAGGAGAAGGUCCGAGCCCUACGCAUGGAGCAGGAGCAGGCCCACCUCAGGCUGCAGGCUGAACAGCAGAGAGUGACGGAACUGGAAACUCAGCUGAAGCACCUGAAUGCCAAGCACCAGGAAGCCCUGGUAGAGCUGCAGGCGGAUGCCUCUCGUGCUGCUGCUGCUGCCACCUGGGCCAAGGAGAAAGAGGAGGUGGAGGAGGGGCUCAGGGCCGAGGUUGCCUCUUUGCAGGAGAAGGUGGCGGCGGCUCGGCAGGAGGCAGCCCAGAGUGCGGCAAAAGUGAAGAAGAGCGGGCGUGAGGCAGCCCAGGCCCUUGAAGCCACCACCAGGGAACUGGCUGAGGAGAAGCUCAAGAGAGCAGAGCUGGAGGCUCAAGUGCAGCAGGUGGGAGAGCAGAGCCAGAAAGACCUGCACACGGCAGAGUCCAUCCUGUCCAGCACCAGAAGUGCCCUGGAGGAGAAGGAGCACAAGGUGGAACAGCUCUCCAGCCAGCUGAAGUCCCUCAAGGCCAAGCUAGAGGAAGCGGCUCAGCAGCAGAAGCGGGAGCUCACCCUGCGGGAUGAGGAAGCGAAGCGGCUGGCGGGUGAGGAGGAGCGCACCAAAGCGAAGCUGGCUGCCGAAAAGGCCAGCAAGACAGCCCUGGAGGUGCAGCUGCAGAACGUCACCAACGAGCACCGAGUGGAGCUCUCUGGUCUCCAGGAAGAGGUGGCUAGGGUCCAGGAGCUGGUCAGCCAGAAGGAGCGGGAGCUGGAGGAGCUGCGCUUGAAGAACGUCUCCCGCAGCGAGGAGCUGAGGGACCUGCAGAAGACAGUCAGCAAGCUGAAAGGGGAGCUGGCCUCUGCUGAGGCCCUGAAGGAGCGAGCAGCCAAAAUGGAGAGCGAGCUGCAGAGUUUCCUGGAAGUGGCCCGGACCCGGGAGGCAGAGAUGGAUCGCAUCAGCUCCAUGAUGCACUCCAAGGAUGCGUCGCUGAAAAGCCUGGAGGAAGAGAAACGGCAGCAGGAGCAGCAGUCCACGUCCAGCCGGGAGCUGUACCAGGAGCAGCUGAAGGAGUGCGAGGCCCUCCGGGGCCAGCUGGGGAAGCUGGAGCGGCAGUGCAAGGAGCAGCAAAGCACCAUUGCCAAACUGGAGAAGGUGGCGGCCGCCUGCCAGCAAGAGCAGCAGGCAGAGGCACAGGUGCUGAAGCGGGAAGUGGCGCAGCAGAAGGAGCAAGCCGCCGAGCUGGAGAGGCUCCUGGAAGCUUCCAGGUCCACGCAGGAGAGCACGGUGGAGAAGCUGAAGCGGGAGCUCCUGGAGAAGGGGAAGGAGCUGGCCCAGAGCAGAGAGGUGGUCUCAAGAGCAGAGAGGGAGCUGGCCGCCCUGCGUGCCUCAGCUCAGGAGAAGGGCAAGUCAGAGGAGAGCUGGAAGGAGCAAAUGUCGUGGUACCUCCAGGAAGCCGAGCGGAAGGCCGGCCUCAUCAACAGCCUGGAGCAGGAGAUGUCCCUCAUGCACAGGCAGCUGCUGGAGAAGGAGGCAGAGGGCAAGGACCUGAGGCGGCUGGUCGUGGCAGAGUCCGAGAAGAGCAGGAAGCUGGAGGAGAGGCUGCGGAUCCUUCAGUCUGAGAUGGCGACUGCCGCGUCCCGAGCAGCCGAGAGGUGCUCGGCUAUGAAAGCCGAAGCGCAGGGCUUCCAGGAGCAGGCCGAGAAGCUGAAGCUGUCCGUGGAGGCACUGAAGAAGGAGCUGAGCGUGGCCUCCAAACGGGAGGAAGACCUCUGCAAGGAGCUCGAGUCCUGGCAAGAGAAGGCCUCCCAGAAGGAGCAGCUCCUCUCUGCCCGGCAGCAGGAGCUUGCCGGUGCCCAGGUCCUGAUUGGGGAGCUGAUGCCCAUCAAGCGUCUGCACCAGCAGCUGCAGGCGGAGCAGGCCUCUCUGGAGAGCAGGCACCGAGACAGGGUGGAGCAGAUGCAGAGCGCCACCAGCCUCCUGCAAGCCGAGCUGACCAGAGCCAAGCUGGAGCUGUCAGAGCUGCUCUCUGUGAAGGAAAGGUUCCUGGAGCAGGAGCACGUCGUCCAGCAGCUGCAGGUGGAGAAGGGCGGCUACGCUGAGCAGCUUGCCUCGCUGCAGCGGGCCCAGGCUCAGUUGGCCGAAGAGAACCGAGGGCUGCAGCGCCUGGAUGUGCAGCUGGCACAGGCCAAGCAGCAGCACGCCCGAGAACUGGAGGCCGCUCGGCUCGAUGCGGAGAAGCAGCAGGCGGCGGGCAAGCGGGCGGCCGAAGAGGCCCAGCAGAAGCUGGAGGCCAUGACUAGCAAGUACAAGGAGGCGAAGCAGAAGCUGCUGGUGCAGGUGGAGCAGCUAGAGGUAUAUCAGAAAGAGCGAGCUAAGCAGGUGGAGGAGCUGCAACAAAAGCUGUCUCAACAAGAGAAGGUUGCUCAAGCCCAGCAGCAGAAGGCCAAGGUGCGUGAAGAAGAGCUGCAGGCAGAGAUUAAGCACCAGAACGAGAAGGUGGCAGAUCUCCAGGCUCAGCUGUCACAGAAAGAGCAAGCUGCUGAGCAUUACAAGAGUCAGAUGGAGAAGGCCAAAACACACUACGACGCCAAGAAGCAACAGAACCAAGAGCUGCUUGCGAGGUUGGGAGUCCUGGAGGAGGUAGAGCGGGAGAACGCUCAGCUGAAGGCUGAGUCAGAGCGCCUCGUGAAGGAGCAGCAGGAUUUGGUUAUGCAAAUGAAGGAGGCGGAGCUGACCUCCAAAAACCUCACCAGCCGUGUCUGCAGCUUGGAGGCACAGGUGGAAUUUGCAGAUCGGCAGCUGCGGGAGCAAGGCAAGUCACAGGUGGCCACAGACCCACUGAAAAGCCGCAUGACCUUCCAGGAAAGCCCAGCUGACGUUAGCACAGACAGCCUCGACUUGAGCACCAGCGAUGAAGUGCAGCCACUCAACUCCACCAGCAGGAAGUCCCGUCGUUCACUCUCUGAAUCUGGGACCGGCGAGCCAUCGAAAACCUCACAGCUGCCUCGUAAGGUGGAGUCUCUGGAGAGCCUCUAUUUCACGCCUAUCCCCACCCGCACUCGGUCCAAACUGGAGAACAGCAUUAGCUCUAUAGGCGAUGUUUCCUUCGAGUCGGGGCGGAAAACUCUUUCUGGUCGCCGGCGUACCACACAGGUCAUCAACAUCACCUUGACCAAAAAACAUGCUGAUCCAGAAGUUUCCAGCAGUGCUAAUGCGUCCUUCUUCAGCGUGCAGUCAGCGGGGUCUCAGACAAGCACCUCAAGCCAAGAGCCAGUGAAGACCCGCCUGCGUUCCGCGGCUGCUUCCUCUACCCACUCACUUGCCAGCCUUCCCUCUCAGGAAUCCCUCACCAGGCUGGGUGCCUCUUCCCCCGACAAAUCAGCAGGCAAUACCACCUUGAUGAGCCUGCCUGGCUACCGGCCUGCGACCCGCAGCUCUAUGAGACGCUCCCAGACUGGAGGGGCAAGUUCUGGGCGCAGCAGCUUCUACAUGGGCACAUGCCAGGAGGAGCCUGAAGUUUUUGAUGAUUGGAACCGCAUUGCUGAGCUCCAGCAGCGCAACAGGGUGUGCCCACCCCACCUGAAGACCUGCUACCCGCUGGAGUCCCGGCCAUCUCUGUCGCUGGCUACCAUUACAGAUGAGGAGAUGAAGACUGGGGACCCAAAAGAGACCCUCCGGCAUGCCACCAUGAUGCCCUCUCAGUUUGCUGAGGGCCCUGCCACCCGUCGUAGCACGCUGAGCUCCACCUGGGCUGCAGGAGGCAUGGCCACUCGGCAGCAAAGGAAGCGCAUUUCAGAUGAAUCCCAGCAGGCGCCAGGAACCCCUGAGUCCAAGAAGUCUGCCAGCUGCUUCCCACGGCCCCAGACUCCCAAAGGGCGGACUGAGGAGCGCAAGCACAGCACCCACGCAGGAGGCAAGAAGAGCAAAGCCCAGGCAGCUGACAAACGGCAGUCCAACAGGCGUCAGUCAUUGGCUUUCAGCAUUCUGAAUACACCGAAGAAAUUGGGCAACAGCCUUCUGCGCCGUGGGCCAAACCGCAAAGUGACUCCUAAAAACUCCCCCCGGAGCAGCAGCCGGAGAUCCCCGAGGGCAGCGGCGUCUCCAAAGGGCAAGGUCUCGGGGGCUGCCAGAACAGGCGAGCAUCCCCUUGCCCAACACCAGCAGGCUGGCAAACUCCAAAUCCCUGAAGAACACGAAAUUCUAACGCCAUUUUUCCUGGCUGAAGACUCCCCCGUAUGCCAUGUCUCCCCAGAGGGAAGGGAGCAAGGUGCCAACGCCCCCCAGUCUCUGCUGCCAGCCAAGCCGCCAGCCAUCUCUCUCCCCCUCAUUGUAUUCCCUCCCAACCCUGAUGAGGUCUAAGACCGCCUCCUUAUCAGGACUCUGAGUGCGUUGACUUCCCCCCACCCCCUGAUUUCCAUGUGGUGCUGGGUGGUGGCCUGCUUGGCUGAGGGAUGGGAGGGCUUUUCCCUCUGUGACGAACGCAGCUCUGCGUGCGCAUAGAGAGUGGAAUGGGACAGUCUCCCAGCCAUUCCAGGGCCUGGCCCUUGCAUUACCUUCUGCUCAGUCAGGCUGGAAUUGGAGUGCUUGGCAAAGUAGGGCAGAGUGGCAGUAUCCUGUGCGCACGACACAGAAAGGGGGUGUCACAAUAGGAAUUCUGGUGGUCUUUGCCAAUGCACCCCAUGGCACCCCCCUGUGCCUAAAGCACCUAGAGUUGCGCCUCCCUAACGAGAAGCGAAGGUCUUCCCUCUCCUGUCUCCCAGCGCUGAGCAAGGAAGGGCUGCAUCAGCAGGCCUAGUGGGCGCGGUGCACCGGGCUGCCCAAGGCAGGGAGGUUUUCCCCAGCUCUCCUCUCUAAAUUCUUCACUCUGCAAGGGGUUGGGAGGGGGCAGUGUCCCCUUCCGCACCUCCUUUGUUCAUAAAACCUCAACUGUGAAACAAGAGCCAACAGCCUGGAGAAUUAAAAGUGGGAAGCUGCCAACAAACGCUGAGACCUAGUUGCUCAUUCUUUACCAGAAGGCGGGGGGAGGGGGGGAACACAUUUGUCUCCUGUACAAAACUUUGCUCUGGUCGUCAUGGGAGUCUUGUGCCUGCUUCUUGGCAGUGUUAGCACCAUUUGGGAGCCAGAGAGACGUCGUAGGAGCAGCAAGCCCCCUUCCUGGCGGCUGGGCGGGAAGAGAACGCGCUCUCAUGUACAGGCUGGGCAUUCACCUUCCCUUUAUUCUUCCGCAGGCUUUACUUAGCUGUGUUGCUUUGUAUCGUACUCUGUAGGCACCGGCACGGGACAGGAAGGGGCCUCACGGCAGUGUUCCUCCCCAAGAGGGCAGAUGGGUUCACAGCUGUGGGGUGGUGGUGGUGGUGCUGGCUGGUCACUGGGGCCCGGGUCUUUAUCUGGUGUUUUAGGGCAGGGUUGAUUUUGGGCACCGUCUGGCGGGACGUUCUCCUGCAGAUGCUCCAUGGAAGUGAACGAGAGCUGUGCAAAGGCAGGCACUUCCAUUCGCUUCAGUGGGUUGUGCCCCCUUUGUGGCGUUCAGGGUCACAACCCUUUGGAAUUGGCCUUGGCCCAGAAAAGACGGCUCUCCUUCAUCCUCUCCAGAGGCCAGCCAGCUGCCUGUUAUACUAGCCCAGGCUCUCUUCCUUGUGGAAAAGAGCCAGAGUUGGCCACAAGGAGCCUCCAGGGGCCUUUCUGGAGCUGGCUCAGUCCGCAGCUGUGACAAGGGCCGCAUGCUGAAGUGUUCCUCUGUGGAUCACCCUGAUGAGCUCUUUCCUGGACUGGGGGAGGGACACUGCUUGAGGAUGCCCCCCACCCACCCCCGCAGCCCUCUAAUACUCGCCUUUGUAGAGAAUUUAGCAAUCAAAUGCAUCAUUUUAAAUAAUGUUUCUACUUGUAAAUAAAUGGUAUUUUUCUCCCAAUAA